CAUUUUUCUCUCUAAGGGUUUCUCAACAUGUCGGGAGCUAUAACAUGCUCUGCGACCGAUCUCUCCGCCCUGCUCGGCCCCAACGCCACGGCGGCGGCUGCUUACAUCUGCGGCCAAUUAGGCACCGUUAACAACAAGUUUACCGAUGCAUCCUACGCGAUAGACACCACUUACCUCCUCUUCUCUGCUUAUCUCGUUUUUGCGAUGCAGCUUGGCUUUGCUAUGCUCUGUGCUGGUUCCGUGAGAGCCAAGAAUACGAUGAACAUCAUGCUUACCAAUGUCCUUGACGCUGCAGCCGGAGGACUCUUUUACUAUCUGUUUGGCUACGCCUUUGCUUUUGGCGAAUCCUCCGGUGGAUUCAUUGGAAGACACAACUUUGGACUCAAGAACUUCCCAACUCUUACCUUGGAUUACUCCUUCUUCCUAUACCAAUGGGUUGCAAUCGCAGCCGCUGGAAUCACUACCGGUUCCAUUGCUGACAGGACUCACUUCGUGGCUUACUUGAUCUACUCUUCUUUUUUGACCGGGUUUGUUUACCCCGUCGUCGCUCACUGGUUCUGGUCAGUAAAUGGUUGGGCUAGUCCUUUCCGUUCAGCAGACCGUUUGUUUGGCACUGGAGCCAUUGAUUUCGCUGGAUCUGGAGUUGUUCACAUGGUUGGUGGUCUUGCAGGAUUAUGGAGUGCACUUAUAGAAGGUCCUCGUAUUGGCCGGUUCGAGGAAGGGGGUCGUCGUGCCAUUGCUCUGCGUGGACACUCUGCCUCGCUCGUUGUUCUAGGAACUUUCCUCCUCUGGUUUGGUUGGUAUGGAUUCAACCCCGGUUCUUUCACCAAGAUCUUAGUUUCUUACGAGUCUGGUUCUUCCUACGGCCAAUGGAGUGGAAUCGGCAGGACAGCAGUUACAACCACGCUCUCUGGAUGCACAGCAGCUCUAACCACACUCUUUGGAAAACGUCUUCUCUCAGGCCACUGGAACGUAACUGACGUUUGCAACGGGUUACUUGGUGGGUUUGCGGCUAUAACCGCAGGUUGUUCCGUGGUACAGCCAUGGGCUGCAAUUGUUUGUGGGUUUGUGGCUUCCCUCGUCCUUAUUGGAUGCAACAAGCUCGCAGAGAUCCUAAAAUAUGAUGAUCCUCUUGAGGCAGCGCAACUACAUGGAGGGUGUGGAGCGUGGGGGUUGAUAUUCGUAGGACUGUUUGCAAAUGAGAAGUAUAUAAACGAGGUUUACGGUGCCGGCCCGGGAAGGCGUUACGGGCUAUUGAUGGGUGGAGGAGGAAAGCUGUUGGGAGCACAAGUGGUUCAAAUACUUGUGAUUGUAGGAUGGGUUAGUGCCACAAUGGGAACACUGUUCUUCAUCCUCAAAAAGCUUAAGUUGCUUAGGAUCUCGGAGAAGGAUGAGAUGAGAGGAAUGGAUAUAGCACGUCACGGUGGUUUUGCUUAUAUCUAUCAUGAUAAUAAUGAUGAUGAGUCCAGUCAGUUUCCAAGGGUGAGCCCUGGAUCUCCUUUACCUCGUUCUCCUAAUCAUCCAGCCGUUUAAUUUUGUAAGCUUUUUUAAUGUGAUUUUAUUGCCGUUAAUUACUGCUGAGGUAUUUUUGCAUUUUUAAAUACAAAUCUUGAUUGGAUUUGAUUUUUUUCGAGUGAUUUAUAUAUGUGUGUGUAUCCUUUUUCUAACUCAAUAAUUCCAAAUU